CGUCGCAUUCAUAUAUCGUUGGCGAAGAUACUCUGUCCUGCAACAGUAUUAAUAUCAUCAGUCGAAGAAGCAGAUCGUGGGAAAGACUGUAGAAAGUAUUCCGACUGAAAUGUGCGACGUUCGCUUCAAUGAGCCGGAAAUAAUGCAGACCGAACUAUUUGUCGGCGCGAUUCCAGCUUUCGCUUUGUAGUUUGUUGUUAUGACGUAACCGUAUAGUAUGGGUAUGGCGAUACAACUGAUACAAGGACAGUAGAAGUAUAUGUGUUUGUAGAUGCAUUUUGAUUAACGCUAUUAUAUAUCAUAAAUGUUUGCUAAUUCAGAGCAGCAGAUCGUGAUCUAGUGUGUUCGUGAUCGCUACGUAUUUUCGUCAAGUUUGGAUAACAUAACUUAAUGAUGUUUUCACUAUUGUUCCUAAGCAUUUUGUUAUUUGUGUGUGAUGCCGCAAAUCCUCAGUGUAAAGAUGAGAACAAUCGAGUCGUCGAUUGGUAUGUACUUUACAAGUUGCCGAAGGUAUCGGAAAGCAGCAAUCCUGUGGUUAGACGUGGAUUAGCGUAUUUAUAUAUAACCAGCAAUACUGUCGAUAAAGGUUGGCAGUUAUCCACGAGAAAAAUCAGCGCAAAUAAUUCUAUACCGGGGAAUACCUUAGCACCUUUAUACGAUGACUCAGUGGCGUCAAAAGCUUUCUGGAUCUUGUACAAUGACGACCCGCCUAACAGACCUAUCAAUGGAAAAAACGGUCAUACGAAAGGUGCUGUGAUGGCGAAUAAAAAGCAAGGUUUCUGGUUAAUUCACAGUGUUCCGAAUUAUCCACCUGUACCCAACAGCGGUAACGAUACAAGACGAUAUUCUCAGAGACAAAACGUGACCGAAAAUUCGACUCCGGGAAACCGGUCUGAAUAUGAUUAUCCGACAUCCGGCAUGCAUUACGGACAAAGUUUUCUAUGCAUCUCCGUGGAUGGCGAUCAAUUCGAUUCGAUCGGUCAACAGUUGAUGUAUAAUCAAAUAACAGUAUAUAGGAGAAGCAUCCCUGUCAAGUUCGCCGCAGCGUUUCCGGUGCUGACGGACGCGGCUAAUCAGAAGCGUAUCAGAAAAGCACCCUUCACCAGCAAAACAUUGUUAAAAUCAUCUGAUGGCGUCCAAUUCGUGUCAUUUGCCAAGAGCGACAAGUGGCAGAAAGAUUUAUAUGACGAGUUUGUUGCGCCGACACUAAAAACCGAUUUAUUUGCCGAAACGUGGUUGAACGGACGAGGUAGAUUACCAUCGGACUGCGCACAAGUGAAAGUGUACAACAUCAUGUCCAUUCAUUUGAAGCCGGUUGAUAUCGAUUUUAAGAGUAGCCACGAUCACUCCAAGUGGGCGGUGGCUGUUGAAGGUAAAGCUAACCGAACUUGGGUCUGCAUUGGUGAUAUCAAUCGAGCGGAUACCCAAUACGUACGAGGCGGUGGAACUGUCUGCUUUGAUAAUCGGAAAGUCUGGGACAAUUAUCGAAAAUCGGUGAAUGAUGUGGAACCAUGUCCUAAGCAAUAUAAGGCAGUUUUAGUUUAAUAAAUUUGCUAAUAGUUUGACUCAGAGAAUAGUAGGUAUUGAAGGAUUUAAUGAUUUUAUUCUUAUUGCAUAUUCAUUGUAAUUAAAAAUUGAUGUAUAAUUCAUGAAUUAUAGAAAUAGUCCGUUAAAUAAUAAUGGAAUAACAGUAGAAAUAAUGCUAUAAUCGAUAUAUUAUAUGAAAUAAUAUUUUUCUAGAAAAAAACGAGCUGUAUAGUUGAAUUAGCAGAAUAUAUGCAAUUUUAUAAAGCUGUA